CCGUGUUGGAUCUUGGUGUGAGUGGGAGUGCGGCCUCGUGGCUCUUCGUUCCUCCAGGCGUUGUGGUGCUGGCAAGUUGUUACCGGUUCGACGGAGGACUAGUGAAAUAAAGAAAAUAAAUAAUUAUAUAAAAAUAAAGUUAAAAGAAAACAGAUGAAUGGCAGAAACUGAUACUGAGAUUGACUUUAUAUCUUUGCGAGUGUUGUGACUUUUUUUUUCCAAAACACAGUGAUGACGAAGUUCAAGUGAGACAAGGAUGAUGAUCAAAACCGACUGAAAUAACAAUGACAGGAAUCAGGGAUCUGAGAUAGAAAAAAAAUCUUAAGGGUAUAACAUGCUCCGAGGGAAGAAAUUCUUCGGCUGGAAACUGAAAAUCAUGAAAUUCUAACCCUCGGAUUCGCGACGGACGAUGUCGACCGGACCAACGCUGCUCCAGAGCUCAGACUUGCAAUUAUCAAUUCUGGACGAACGGGACUCCACGGUUGACAAGAUGUAGACUUCAAAGCAAGAGAGAAUAUAACCGUAGAUGUGUAGAAAGUAAAUUUUAAGGUUGCCAACUCUGGAACGUGCCUGCGAACUGUGAUAUGCUUCAACUGAUCAAAAUUUCAAAACGAUGCAAUGUUAGUUUUAAUACAGAGUCUGUGGACUGCUUUGUAAAUACUUUGAUGAAAGAUCUCCCUACGUUUGUUAGUAAUAAUAUUUUCCCCGUUACGGUGCUGAGUGGAAUGAUAUCAAAUGUAGCUAUAGUUUCGUUAAGAUAUAAGAAAAAGCGGUGAACGUAAUUGCUCGCUUAUUUUAUUAUUACGAGAAGUUUGUGCUAACUCCAACACCAUGACGAACGUUACAUGAGCGUUUAUUCCCAAGUUCUGAAAGAAACAAUUUUUAACUAUAAGACGGUGAUUGUAUCUAAGUGAUUAGUCUUCUUGAAAUUGAUGGGAUACAUUGAUUCGUUUCAAUUAUAAGACAGUCAGUAGCCACUUCGUAUAUCUGUGCUAAUUAGUUACUCUCACGUCAAGUGUUUCAAAUCUGGCAUUCUUGUAUUAUAUUAAUUAAGAAUAUUUUGGAAUACGUUUAGUCUUGUCAAUUGCAAGACAGUGAAUUGGUGUAAAUCGCUACUUGAUUUGAAGUAAUCGAUGCGACGUGGCUACUUACAUAAUAGACAGUCUAUUGCUAAAUUGCUAUUUGAUCUGAUUUUGACUAAUCAAUGCAUCUGGGCUACUGACGUAAUAAAACAGUGAAUUGUUAAAAUUGCUACUUGGUUUGAUAUGGACUAAUCAGUGCGUCGGGCCUAUUAACACAAUGAGACAGUGAAUAGCUACUUGACUCAAGAGUAAUCAAUGCGUAGGGGCUACUAACACAAUACAGUGAAAACCGUAGAUGAAGAAUCCUCUGGACAGCGAAGUAUGGAGACGGGAGGCAGAGAAUUAUAAGCGAACAUCACUGAAUCAAAAGAGAAGUCGUUAAUUAGAUCCUUCUCUCGUCCUACACCUUCCCUUCCCACCUCCUUUGCCGCCGCCUCCUCCUUCUUCAGGAUGUCGCGCAACGAGCUCUUCUACCCACCCACCAAGGCCCAGCAGGGCCUUGAGUACGUCUCCAUCGAGGAGAGCAGCCUGCAUCCCCUGGUCCACAGGAUCAUGCAGGAGGAGGAGGACUUUCUCCCUCCCUCUCCGUCCUCCUCACCUCGCUUCUCCCGCCGGAGCAACAGGAGGGACCUCAAGAAGUUCAGGGACACCACCUCCAGGAGACAUCCUCUCAGAGGGCCCGGGUCCUGGUCUCCUGAGAUGUCGAGGACUUCAUCUGUUCGUUCCGGCGUGAUGGGCUAUGAAGGAGACGCUUGCGAAGAUGACAAGGUGGUCCCAUCCGCCCCACCCAUGGAUCUCAUGGACCACUUCACCGGCUAUGAGCAGCUCUCCUUUGAAGCAGGUAUGUCCUCAGCCGCCAGUUGGUUAAGAAGGUAAGAUGUGUCAAAUUGUAAAUAAGUUUAGAACACUGUAAAUGAUCUUAAAUACCAAAAUAUCAAGUAUACAGAAUCUGUAAGUGUAAGUUGUGUUUACUCCAUUCGGUAAAAUUUGAGUCGAAGUAAAUCUGAGAAAGGCAUUUUAUUUUUUGGUAAAUAAGAAGUAUUUAUUUAUUUAUUUUGUUUUCUUUACCACUUGUUUUUACUCCUCUGUGAUGUAGAAUUACCUGCUU